AUGGAAGAAAGCGAUGCAUAACAAAAUGUGAAAACAUUAGAAUAAAGCAAAUUGUAUAGUGCUAAUGAGAUUGAAAAUUUCAAUUAGUAUUUAAGUGCAAUCUGUUUAAGUUUAUUGAUCAUCGAUAAAGAUUAAUGGAAUGUCGCUUGUCAUGAGGAUGUUAAUUAAUAAGUAUGAAAUUGUCUUAUAUAAAUAGAAUAUUUGUUAAUUUUUAUCAGAUUCCUAAAUUAAAGCUCUCAUUGUAAGCAAAACUGUGGAGAAUGAGAAAUUCAAUAUUUAAAUUCGCUCAGAAUAUGAAGCAUCCAACAAUUAUGCUCAUACAAUUUGCUUUUUAAAGAGACAUACCUUUCAAUAUGACAAUCAAUUACAACCAUAAUAAUUUAGUAAUCAUGUAUAAGUGAUAAACAUUGGAUAUGCAGAAUAACAAGGAGGAGCUAAUCCUUUCACUUUAUCACAUAAUUAUGUAUAAAAUUGUUUCAUUCCAAUAUUCACUUAAUACAAAGGAGAAAUAGAUAAAAAGAGAAUUGUAGAUCAAUCAAGUUAUAAUGAUUUGAUUAAAAAAUUAAAUGAAGUGAAUUUGGCAUUCAUUAAAUGUAGAUAGAAUGUUGAAGUACCUGAAAUUAUUUUAUAAUUUGAUCCACGUAUCAAAGAAGCUGUAAAAUUAAAAGGAGGUAAACCUACAAUUGAAGAUGCAGCCUAAUUGAAUAAACCUGACAUAGUUUAAUCAAUAUCUUAAACAGUAACAAGAUGGAUUUCAGAUAUUAAUUAAAUAUCAAAUACUAAAUUGGAAUUAACUAAUGCAAGUAUAGUGGAUGAAAUAAAUUAUUGGAUGAGUAUGGAAAGAUCAUUAUUUUUUAUUGAAAAUUAAUUAAAAUAACCUGAAGUUGAUUUUACUAUUGAAGUUUUGACUUAAGCAAAAAAGAUGAAUAUUACAGCAUAAUUUAAAGAAAUAGCUUUAAAAUAGAGUUUAUAGAAAUGUUAAUCAUGUAAUUAAUUUAUGAAAGAAUUUCCAAUAAAUAAUUUAUUGAUUGCUACUAAUUUAGUGGAAAUAAAAGAUGCUAUGAUUUAAAUAUUUUAACAUAUGAAGAAAUUGUCAAAUAUUUAAGAGACAUAUACUAUUCCUAGAUCACUUUAAUUAGCAGAAUCAUUUUCAAGAGAAUUAACAAAUGAAAUGAUUAAAUAUUUUAAAGGAUUUUAGAUAUUACAUAUUAAGUAUGUGGAUUUUAAGGGAUUAAUUAUUAAAACUUAAGAAAUUUUCAGUUAAUGGGAUGAAGAAUAUAAAAUAUUCAAAUAAAGUAUUGUAAAGAAAUCAGUACAUUAGAAAGAUCAAUAUGGUUAAUUUGAGCAUAUCAAAUUGUAAAAGUAGAUCUAACAUAUUUAGAGACUAAGAGAAAUGCAUGAAAAUCUCAAAGAAGUGAUUGAAUAAAUCAUAUAAAAUGAUUAAGAAGAAUAAAAAGAGAAUGUUUAAUAAUUUGCAACAUUAUAAGAAAUUUAAUAAGCAUAUGAUAUAUUUAAAAAUGUUGAAGUAUUUGAUUUGAGUAGAGAUGGUGAAGAUUAGUUUUUUAGAGCAUUAAAAUAAUAUGAAAUUGCUAUAGAAUCAGUUGAAGCAACAAUUACAACAAAUUUGAGAGAUUCAUUAGGUUCAGCAUCAUCUGCUAAAGAAAUGUUUAGAAUAUUAGCUAAAUUCAAUAAAUUAUUUUCAAGACCUAGAAUUAAGGGGGCUAUUUAAGAAUAUUAAUCUUAAUUGUUAAAAACUGUUCAUAAAGAUAUAUAAUCUUUAUAGAAUAAGUUUAAGGAGACUUAUUAAAAGAGUUAAAAUUCAAGAUUGGCAUCAGCCAGAGAUAUUCCAUUGACUUCAGGAUUUGUUAUAUGGUCAAAAUAAUUAUAAAUAAGAUUGUAGAAAUAUAUGUAGAAAGUAGAAUAAAUCUUAGGUCCGUAAUGGGCAGAAGAUACUGAUGGUAAGAAAUGUAAAGAAAUGGGUGAAACAUUUGAAAGGAUACUUGAUUCAGGACCAGCUUUAGAAGAAUGGAAACAAGAAAUAAAUCAACAUAAUAAAGCAGUUAGUUAAAAUGAAAAAUUAUUUGAAGUUGUUACAAGAAGAAGAGGAUUAGAAAUAAGAGUCAAUUAUGAAAAAAAGUUAAGUCAAUUAUUUAAGGAAGUAAGGAAUCUAAGUAAUAUGAAAACUAAAGUUCCAUAUUCAAUUUCUCACAUAGCUAAUGAUGCUAAGGCUUCUUAUCCAUUUGCUUUAUCUUUAUAAGAAUCAUUACAUACUUAUAUCUAGAUUACAUCUUAAUUAAAUGCUAAAUCUGCAAAAUUAGUAGCUGCUUUAAGAAAGGAGGUGUAAUUAUAAAUAGGUUAAGGAUUCAAUUAUUUAUGGACACACAAAACAUAAUUAUAGCCAUAUGUAAAGAAAUUCACUGAUAAAGUCUUUGAAUUAGAGUAAGCUGUUAAUGGUUUGAAUGAAAGAAUUGGAUAAAUUGAAUCUUUAUGUGAAGCUAUGAAAACAUGUCCAGUAGAUUCAUUGGCUGAUAAAUUAAAAGAUAUAUAAGAAGUUAUUGAUUCACUUUGCUUUAAUAAUUUCUCUAAUUUACAUAUUUGGAUUUAAGAUAUUGAUAAAUAAAUUGAGAGUAUUUUAUGUGAUAGAGUAACUGUAUAAAUGAAAGAAUGGUUGAAUUAAUUUAUUAAUUAUCAGAAAAUUCAAGAAAGAGGACUAGUAAAUUAAACUGUUGUGCAUGAAUUAAAAUUAUAAGAUUAGAUAAUUUAUGUUGAUCCUCCAGUUGAAUAUGCAAAAUAUUUCUGGUUCUAAGAAUUUCAUAAAAUGAUUGGAUAAAUUUGUAGUUUACCUAGAUUAGUUGCUAAUAGAUUUGAUAAUACUAUAUAAUAAAAUAUAGGACCAUGGGGUACUUAAAGAGAUUUAGAUUAUUCAACUACUAUAAAUAAAAUAAAUUAACAAUUGAUAAAGGAUGCUUAUUUAUAAAUUGGGUAAUUAUUGGAAGAUAUGGAAUCAUAUGUUUAGACAUGGUUAAAUUAUUAAUCUUUAUGGGAAUUAGAUAUUAAAUAAGUUGAAUAAAUACUAUAGGAUGAUAUUGAAAAGUGGUAAUAGAUGUUAACAGAUAUUAAAUAAGGUAGAGCAACAUUUGAUAAUUCAACAACAGAAGAACAUUUUGGAGCAAUAAUAAUUGAUUAUAGAAUGGUUUAAGUAAAGAUUAAUCAUAAAUAUGAUGCAUGGCAUAAAGAAUUAUUAAAUCAUUUUGGUAAUAAAUUUGGAGAGUAAUUAAGAGUAUUCAAUAAGAAUGUUACAACAGAAAAAGAGAAAUUACUCAAAAUCAAUUUCUAAGAUUUAACAUCAGAUAUUAUUGAAUCUAUAACUAUUAUAUAAGAAUAAGAUAAGAAAUUUCCAGGAUGGUCUGCUGAUAUAGAAUCAUUUAAGAAUGGACAAAAAGUUUUAGAUAGAUAAAGAUAUUAAUAUCCAGGAGAUUGGUUGAGUUUUGAAUAAGUUGAGAUGUAAUGGAAUCAAUUUAAAUAAAUUCGUAGUAAAAAACUACAAUAAUAAGAAAAUGAAAUGAAUAAUAUUCAAUCAAAAAUAUAAUAAGAUGAGAGAUAUUUAAAUUAAUAAAUAUAAGAGAUAGAAGAAUAAUGGAAAACAUCAAAACCUGAUUCAGGAGAUUGUUCUCCAAAUGAAGCUGAAUAAAUAUUAAAGAGUUUGAAUGAAUAACUUAUAUCAGUUUAAGAGAAAUAUGAAAAGUGCAGUUAAGCUAAAGAGAUUUUGAAAAUGGAUCCUCCUACUCAUUAAUAAAAAUUAAAUGUUUUAUUAGAAUCAAUUUCAGAUCUUUAAGAUGUUUGGUAAGAAUUAGGUAAGAUUUGGAAAGUAAUGUAAUCAAUUAAGGAUUAAUUAAUAUCAGCUUUAUAGAAUAAGAAAAUUAAAGAUACAUGUGAUGAAGCAUAAAAAUAAUUGAAUGGAGUAUCUACUAAGACAAGAAAUUAUGAUGCAUUUGAAAAAAUGAAAGAGAAAGUUAAAAAUUAUAUUAAAAUGAAUAAACUUAUUAUGGAUUUAAAAGAUGAAUCAAUGAAAGAGAGACAUUGGAGACAAUUAUUAUCAAAAUUAAAAAUCAAUGAAUCUUUAAAUUAAUUAUAAAUGUAACAUUUAUGGAAUGCAAAUCUAUUGAAUUAUGAGAAUUUAGCUAAGGAUAUAAUGACAGUUGCUAGAGGAGAAUAAGUAUUAGAGACAAUGAUUUCAUAAGUUAAAGAUUUUUGGAAUUCAUUUGAAUUAGAAUUAGUUAAAUAUUAAACUAAAUGUAAAUUAAUUAAAGGUUGGGAUGAAUUAUUUUAAAAAUUAGAUGAAGAUCUUAAUAAUUUAGCAUCUAUGAAAAUAUCACCUUUCUAUAAAACAUUUGAAGCAGAAAUAUCUUAAUGGGAUGAUAAAUUAUAAAAAGUUAAAUUGACUAUGGAUAUUUGGAUUGAUGUUUAAAGAAGAUGGGUUUAUUUAGAAGGUAUUUUCUUUGGUUCUUCAGAUAUUAAAACAUAAUUAUAAAAUGAAUACAAUAAAUUCAAAGAUAUUGAUAGUUAAUUUACUAAUUUGAUGAAGAAAGUAGCUCAAAAACCAUAAUUAAUGGAUGUGUAAGGAAUUCCUAAUUUAGCUAAGACUUUAGAAAGAUUGAGUGAUUUCUUAUAAAAAAUUCAAAAAGCAUUAGGUGAUUAUUUAGAAACUUAAAGACAAGCAUUUGCAAGAUUUUAUUUUGUAGGAGAUGAUGAUUUAUUGGAUAUUAUAGGUAAUUCUAAAGAUGUGACAAAUGUUUAAAGACAUUUUCCAAAAAUGUAUGCAGGAAUUGUGUAAUUGUAAAGUAGAAAAGAUGGAAAUGAUGAUGUUGUAUUGGGAAUGUCAAGUAAAGAAGGAGAGGUUGUUCCAUUUAGUAAAGAAGUUAAAAUUGCAGAAGAUCCUAGAGUAAAUAUAUGGUUGGGUAAGGUAGAUAAUGAAAUGAUGAAUUCAUUAGCAUUAGAUUUAGAAAAGUCAGUAUUAGAUAUUUAAUCAAAUCAAUAGAAUAGAAUGAAAGUAAUAGAAGAACAUCCAGCUUAAAUUAUUUUAUUAGCCUUGUAAGUAGGAUGGUGUUUUUCAGUUGAAUCAUCAUUCAAUAAUGAUUAAUAGAUGAAACAAACAUUAUAGUAUGUUUUGGAAUUCUUAUCAGAAUUAGCAGAGAGUGUAUUGAAAGAUCAUCCUAAAUAAUUAAGAUAAAAGUUUGAACAAAUUAUUACAGAUUUUGUUCAUUAAAGAGAUGUAAUUAGAUAAUUGAUGAAUAAUAAAAUAAACAGUAAAAAUGACUUUGGUUGGUAAUAUCAUAUGAGAUUCAAUUGGAAUUCUAAAGAAGCAGAUCCUGGAAAAAGAUUACUAAUUUAAAUGGGUAAUGCAUAAUUCCAUUAUGGAUUUGAAUAUUUGGGAGUGGCAGAAAAAUUAGUAUAAACUCCAUUAACAGAUAAAUGCUUUUUAACAUUAACAUAAGCAUUACAUUUAAGAAUGGGAGGAUCUCCUUUUGGACCAGCUGGUACAGGUAAGACAGAGAGUGUAAAAGCAUUAGGUGCAUAAUUGGGUAGAUUUGUUUUGGUAUUUAAUUGUGAUGAGACAUUUGAUUUUAAUGCAAUGGGUAGAAUAUUUGUAGGAUUGUGUUAAGUAGGAGCAUGGGGUUGUUUUGAUGAAUUUAAUAGAUUGGAAGAACGUAUGUUAUCUGCUUGUUCAUAACAGAUUCUAUUAAUUUAAACAGGAUUAAGGGAGAAAUAGAAAUAAAUAGAAUUAAUGGGGAAGGAUGUAAAAUUAAAUUCAUAGAUGGGAGUAUUUGUUACAAUGAAUCCUGGAUAUGCAGGAAGAUCAAAUUUACCAGAGAAUUUAAAACAAUUAUUUAGAUAAAUGGCUAUGGUUAAACCAGAUAGAGAAUUAAUUGCAUAAGUUAUGUUAUUUAGUUAAGGAUUCAGAACAGCAGAAAAAUUAGCUGGAAAAAUUGUUUCAUUAUUUGAAUUAUGUGAUAAUUAAUUAUCAUCAUAACCACAUUAUGAUUUUGGUUUGAGAGCAUUGAAAUCAGUAUUGAAUUCUGCUGGUAAUAUGAAAAGACAAGAAAUGAUAGACAGAAAUUAAGAACCUGUUCCUUAAUCUGAAAUAGAAGAAUUUGAAUAAACAAUUUUAUUGAGAAGUGUUUGUGAUACUGUUGUACCUAAAUUAAUCAAAGAUGAUAUUAAAUUAUUGGAAACAUUAUUAUAAGGUGUAUUUCCUGGAUCUUGUAUUCCAGAAAUUAAAGAAGAAUAAUUAAGAAAGGAAUUAGCUUUAGCUUGUUAGAGAAAGAAUUUAUAAGCUAGUAAGAAUUUCAUUGAAAAAGUGUUGUAAUUGUAUUAGAUUUAGAGAUUAUAACAUGGUUUAAUGUUAGUUGGUCCAUGUGGUUGUGGUAAGAGUGCUGCUUGGAGAGUUUUAUUAGAAGCCAUGUCUAAAUGUGAUAAAGUGAAAGGAGAAUUUUAUAUUGUUGAUCCAAAAGCAAUUUCUAAAGAUGAAUUGUAUGGCAGAUUGGAUAAUACAACUUUAGAAUGGACUGAUGGUGUCUUCACUUCUAUAUUAAGAAAAAUUAUAUCUAAUUAAAGAUAAGAAAGUACUAGAAGACAUUGGAUUAUAUUUGAUGGUGAUGUCGAUCCAGAAUGGGCUGAAAAUCUAAAUUCAGUACUUGAUGAUAAUAAAUUACUAACAUUACCAAAUGGUGAAAGAUUGGCUAUUCCACCUAAUGUUAGAAUGAUAUUUGAAGUUGAAACACUUAAAUAUGCUACCUUAGCUACUGUUUCAAGAUGUGGUAUGGUUUGGUUUAGUGAAGAAACUAUUAAUGAUGAAAAUAUAUUCUAUCAUUUCUUGGAAAGAUUAAAGUAAGAUGAUUAUGAUUAAUAAAAAUCUGAAGAUGAUAACAAUAAAUAAGUUAAUACUUAAGAAAGUGAAUUAAGAACUAAAUGUGUUAAAGCACUUGAUUCUGUUAUUAAAUACUUAUCCUAAUUCCUCCAAAUUGCUCAAAAAUAAGAAUAUAAACAUGUUAUGGAAUUCACUAGAAUCAGAGUCUUAGAAAGUACUUUUGCAUUAGUUAGAAGAAGCAUUUCAAAUAUCAUAGAAUAUAAUGAAAAUAAUUCUGAAGUACCAUUGGAAGAUGAUCAGAUCACAGAUUUCAUGGUUAAAUAAUUCCUUAUUGCUGUUAUGUGGGGUGUUGCUGGUUCCAUGAAUCUUUAUCAAAGAACAUUAUUCUCUAAAGAAAUCUGUUAAUUAUUACCACACAAUAUCAUUUUACCAUAAUUUAAUGAUAGUGCACCUUCACUAAUUGAUUUUGAAGUCACUCUCCCAGAAGCUUAAUGGAGCUAAUAUAAGAAGAAGGUUCCUCAAAUUGAAAUUGAUCCACAAAGAGUUACAGAUGCUGAUCUCAUUAUUGAAACAGUUGAUACUCUCAGACAUAAAGAUGUUCUAUGUGGAUGGCUUAAUGAACAUAGACCCUUCUUAUUAUGUGGACCUCCUGGUAGUGGUAAGACCAUGACUUUAAUGAGUACACUUAAAGCUUUAACUGAUUUCGAAAUGAUCUUCAUCAAUUUUAGUAGUUCCACUAUGCCUCAAUUAAUCAUUAAACAAUUUGAUCAUUAUUGUGAAUAUAAAAAAACUACUAAUGGAGUCUUCCUACAACCUAAAAAUUAAAAAUGGCUUGUUGUCUUUUGUGAUGAAAUCAAUCUACCUGAUUAAGAUAAAUAUGGUACUAUGGCUAUUAUCACAUUCUUGCGUUAGUUAACUGAAUAACAUGGUUUUUGGAGAUCUUCAGAUAGACAAUGGAUUUCACUUGAUAGAAUAUAAUUUGUAGGAGCAUGUAAUCCACCUACUGAUGUUGGUAGAAAACCACUUACCCCAAGAUUUCUAAGACAUUGCCCUCUAAUUCUUGUGGAUUUCCCGGGACCUGAAUCACUCAAAUAAAUUUAUGGAACUUUCAACAAAGCAAUGCUUAGAAGGACAGUUAAUCUUAAGUAAUAUUCUGAAUAACUCACUAAUGCAAUGGUUGAAUUUUAUACCAAAUCAUAAUAACAUUUCACAGCAGAUUAACAAGCUCAUUAUAUUUAUUCUCCAAGAGAAUUAACUAGAUGGAAGUAUGCUUUGAAUGAAGCCUUAGAACCUCUUGAAUCUGUUGAAGAUUUAGUUAGAUUAUGGGCACAUGAAGGUUUAAGAUUAUUCCAAGAUAGAUUGGUACAUGAACAUGAAAAAGAAUGGUGCAAUAAACUUAUUGAUUAAGUAGCUUUCAAUAAUUUCAACAAUUUGAAAGAUGAAGCUUUACAAAGACCUAUUCUCUUCAGUAACUAUCUCCAUAAGGUUUAUCAAAGUGUUGAUAGAGAAGAGUUGAGAAAGUAUAUUCAAGGUAGAUUAAAGCAAUUUAAUGAAGAAGAAUUAUCUGUUCCAUUAGUUGUUUUUGAUGAUGUACUUGAUCAUAUUUUAAGAAUUGAUAGAGUUCUCAAAUAACCUUUAGGACAUCUUCUAUUAGUUGGAUCUUCUGGAGUUGGUAAAACAACACUCACAAGAUUUGUAAGUUGGAUUAAUAAUCUUACUGUCUUUUAAAUUAAGGCAGGUAGAGAUUAUUAAUUAGCUGAUUUUGAUAAUGAUUUGAGAGAAGUAAUGAAGAGAGCUGGUGCAAAAGGUGAAAAGAUUACAUUUAUUUUUGAUGAAUCAAAUGUAUUAGGUCCAUCUUUCUUAGAAAAAAUGAAUGCAUUAUUGGCAUCAGGUGAAAUUCCAGGAUUAUUUGAAAAUGAUGAAUAUUUGGCAUUAAUUAAUUUGCUCAAAGAGAACUCAAAUCAAAAUAAGUAAUUUGAUUCUUCAGAGGAAUAAUUAUAUAAGAAUUUCACUUACUAAGUAUAAAGAAAUUUGCAUGUUGUAUUUACAAUGAAUCCUAAAAAUCCAGAUUUUUCAAAUAGAACAGCUUCAUCACCAGCUCUAUUUAAUAGAUGUGUUAUUGAUUGGUUCGGAGAUUGGACAAAUGAAGCUCUAUUUUAGGUAGGUAAAGCAUUUACUAUGUAUAUUGAUCCUCCAGAAAAUGCAUUCAGCAAAAAGAUUAAAGAUGAAACUUAAAGAUAACAUAUUUUGGUAUCCACUUUAGUCUAUAUACAAAAUACAAUAAUUGAAUUGAAUAAUAAAUUACAGAAGGGAGCUAAGAGAUUUAAUUAUAUAACUCCAAGAGACUAUUUAGAUUUCUUGAAGCAUUUUGAAAAAUUACAUAAUGAAAAGAAAUCUUAAUUGGAAGAUUAACAAUUACAUCUUAAUGUUGGUUUGGAUAAGUUAAAGGAGACAGAACAAUAAGUAUUAGAGAUGUAGAAAAGCUUAGAUUAAAAGAAGAUUGAAUUGUAGACAAAGGAGAGACAAGCAGGUGAGAAGUUGUAAACAAUUAUUGAAGAAAAGAAAAUAGCUGAAAAGAAGAAAGAUGAUAGUACAAGAUUAUCAAGUGAUGCUGAGAAAAAAGCUAAAGAAAUGGAGAUAAGAUAAUCUUAGGUGAAUAAGGAAUUAAAUGAAGCAUUACCUGCUUUAGAGAAUGCAAAAUAAUGUGUGAAUAGCAUUAAGAAGGAUGAUUUGAAUUAAAUUAGAGCAUUAGGAUCACCUCCAGCAUUAGUAAAGAUGACAAUGGAAGCUGUAGUAUGUGCAAUUAAUUCAUUGGAUAAAAGUCCAGAAUGGAAGGAUGUAUAAAAAUCAAUGGCGAAUAUGAAUUUCAUCAAUAAUGUAAUUAACUUUAAUACAGAAACAAUGCCAGCAAAAGUGAAAAAAUUCAUAUUAACAAAAUAUUUAUCAGGAUAGGAAUGGAAUAUUGAUAGAAUUAAUUUUGCAUCAAAAGCAGCAGGUCCUUUGGCUAUGUGGUUGGAUUCAUAAUUGAAAUAUGCAGAUAUAUUGUAGAAAGUGGAUCCACUUAGAUAAGAAGUAGCAAAAUUAUUAUCAGAAAGUGAUGAACUAAAUAAAUAGAAGAAGAUUUAUGAUGAUGAAGUGGCAGCUGCUGAGGCUAAGAUUCAUAAUUUAUAAUAGGAGUAUUCUGAAUUGAUUAGUUAAAAGGAAUCAAUAAAAUCAGAGAUGUUAAAAGUGUAAGAGAAAGUAACAAGAUCAUAGGCAUUAUUAACUGAUUUGAGUGGAGAAAGAAUUCGUUGGGAAGAGGCUUCCUAAAACUUUAAGAGUUAAUUAGCUACAAUGAUAGGAGAUGUUUUAUUAUCAUCAGCUUUCUUAUCAUAUAUUGGAUUUUUUGAUCAUUUUUACAGAAAAGUAGUUUUAAAUACUUGGAAAGAUUAUCUUUAGAAUUAAGCUAAUAUAUCAUAUAGAUAAGAUUUAUCAUUAAUAGAAUUUUUAUCUAAACCUUCAGAUAGAUUGAAUUGGUAAUCACAUACAUUACCAUCAGAUGAUUUAUGUAUGGAGAAUGCAAUAAUAUUAUAUCGAUUUUAGAGAUAUCCUUUAGUUAUUGAUCCAUCUGGAUAAGCAUUGUCUUAUAUUUCUUCAUUAUAUAAAGAUAAGAAACUAGCUAGAACAUCAUUUACAGAUGAAUCAUUUUUAAAGACUUUGGAAACAUGUUUAAGAUUUGGUUGUCCAUUAUUAGUAUAGGAUGUAGAAAAGGUUGAUCCAAUUUUGAAUUCAGUUUUAAAUAAUGAAACAUAUAAAACAGGAGGAAGAGUUUUAAUAAGAGUAGGAAAUUAAGAAAUUGAUUUUUCAUAAGGUUUUACUAUGUUUAUGAUCACAAGAGAUAGUACAGCUAGAUUUACUCCUGAUUUAUGCAGCAGAGUUACUUUUGUAAAUUUUACAGUCACUUAAAGUAGUUUAUAGGAAUAAUGUUUGAAUAUAUUUUUGAGAAAUGAAUCACCAGAAACAGAGGAGAAGAGAUUAAAUUUAAUGAAAUUAUAAGGAGAAUAUAUAGUUAAACUAAGAGAAUUAGAAGAUUAAUUAUUGGAUUCAUUGAAUAAUAGUAGAGGAUCAAUAUUGGAAGAUGAGAAAGUUAUUUAAACAUUAGAGAAGUUGAAGAAGGAAGCAGCUGUGAUUGUUCAAGAAAUGAAAUAGGCUGACACUAUAAUGAAUGAAGUUAUGAGUACAACAUAAUCAUAUGUUCCAUUGGCAAAUACAACUUCUAAGAUAUUCUUUAGUUUGACAUCUUUGGCCAAUAUUCAUUAUUUAUAUUAGUUUUCAUUGUAAUUUUUCAUGGAUACUAUUUAUAAUGUUUUAAAUAAAAAUGAAUAAUUGUAGAAGAUUCCAAAAUAAGAUUUAAUAAAAAGAAGAAUUUUAAUAUUUAAUGAAAUGUUUAGAGAAAUAUAUAAAAGAAUGAAUUUCUCUUUAUUAUAAGAAGAUAAAUUAGUAUUUGCAAUAACUUUGGCUUAAGUGAAAUUGGGAGACAAUAUUUUAGGAUAAGAAUUCUUGAAUGUAUUUAAACCCCCUACAGUAAUGGAAACAACAUUUUCUAAUACAUUCUUAUAAGGAAAAUUGAGUAUCCAAUAAUUGAAAUAAUUAGAAGGAAUAACUUAAUAGAAUUUAACAUUUAAUAGACUUAUGGAUAAUUUAAAUAAAAAUGAAGAUCGUUGGCUAAAUUUCUUAAAUGAUGAAGCCCCUGAAAAUGAUAUUCCAACAUAAUGGUAUAAUGAAGUAUAAAGAGAUGAUAUGGUUAAAUUAGAUUGGAUUGAUAGUCAUCAUUUAAAAAGAUAAUUAGAUGAUUUACAUAUUCUAAGAAUAUUUAGAGCUGAUAGAUUUUAAAUAAUAGCUAGAAAAUUAAUAAAUUAAAUAUUGGGAGAUAGUUUUAUGGAAGAAUAAACAGUAGAUAUGAAAUAAGUUGUUGAAAAAGAAGCAUCUAAUAAAAUUCCUAUUCUUUUAUGUUCAGCACCAGGAUUUGAUCCAUCAUUUAAAGUUGAAUAAUUAAGUAGAGAAAUUGGAAUUAAAUUAACAAGUGUUGCUAUAGGUAGUGCUGAAGGUUUUGAUUAAGCUGAAUAGGCAAUUACUCAAAGUGUUAAAUCUGGAUCUUGGGUAAUGUUGAAAAAUGUACAUUUAGCUACAAGUUGGCUUAAUGAUUUAGAAAAGAAAUUAUUUAGAUUAACUCCAAAUGCUAAUUUCAGAAUAUUCUUAACUAUGGAAUUCAAUCCAAAGAUACCAACUACUUUAAUUAGAUAAUCAUAUAAAUUAGUUUUUGAACCUCCUGAUGGUAUCAAAGCAUCAUUGAUUAGAACAUUCAAAACUGUUUUAUCAUAAUAAAGAACAGAUAGAUAACCAGUUGAAAGAGCAAGAUUACACUUUUUAUUAGCUUGGUUACAUGCAGUUAUUUUAGAGAGAUUGAGAUUUACUCCUAUUGGUUGGAGUAAAACAUAUGAAUUUAAUGAAGCUGAUUAAAGAUGUUCAUUAGAUCUUAUAGAUGAAUAUGUUGAUGCUUUAGGUAUCAGAUAAAAUAUAGAUCCAUCUAAAUUACCAUGGGAUGCAUUUAGAACUAUAUUAACAUAAAAUUUAUAUGGUGGUAAAGUAGAUAAUGAAUAUGAUUAAAAGAUUCUUUAAUCAUUGGUUGAAUAAUUCUUUACUGAAUAAAGUUUCAAUCAUAAUCAUCCAUUAUUUUUCACUUUAGAAGGUAAAGAAGCCAUCACAGUUCCAGAAGGUAGAACUUAUCUAGAUUUUAUGUAAUGGAUUGAAUAAUUACCUAAAACUGAAAGUCCAGAAUGGUCUGGUUUACCUUCUAAUGUAGAAAGAGUAUAAAGAGAUUAAUUAACUCAAAAGUUGAUAAUUAAAGUAUAGAAUCUCCAACAAGAAGGUGAAGAAGAAAUCACUUAGAUUGAAGUUUAAACAGAAAAAACUCAAAAGAAAGAUAACAAAAAAUCUGAUCAAGUUUAAUGGUUAUAAGAUCUAUUAGAAAAAGUUGAAAAAUUCAAAGCCAUACUUCCUACUAGAAUCUCACCUUUAGAAAGAACAGCUGAUUCUAUUAAUGAUCCAUUGUUCAGAUUUUUAGAUAGAGAAAUCACUGUGGCUUCUAAAUUAUUAAAAACUGUAAGACAGAAUAUUGAGGAAUUAAUUUAAUUAGCUUAAGGAAAGAUAUUGGCCACUAAUGUAAUUAGGUAAUUAGCUAAAGAUGUUUUCAACAAUAUUAUACCACCAUAAUGGAAUAAAUAUAAUGUAAUCCCUAUGCCUUUGAAUGAUUGGAUUGGUGAUUUUAAGAGAAGAAUUGAUCAAUUUGAUUUAUUAGGAAAAACUAAGGACUUCUAAAAAGGUCAGGUAUGGUUUGGUGGACUAUUAUUCCCUGAAGCAUAUCUUACAGCCACUAGAUAAUAUGUGGCUUAAGCAAAUAAAUGGUCAUUGGAAGAAUUAGAACUUUAAAUUGUUCCAGAAGAUCAAGGAAUUGAUGAUGAUUCUUUUGUAAUUGAAGGAGUAUCAAUGGAAGGAGGACAUUUAGAUUCCAAGACUUUAUAAGUGCGUUUAGUUAAUGAAAUCUCAGUUCCAUUAAAACCCAUAAUCUUAAAGUGGUGUAAAACUCCAUAAAAAGGAAUUAUAGGAGAUGAUGAAAUUGUUUUACCUGUUUACUUGAACAAAACAAGGAAGAAUCUUGUAUUCUCCCUUAAAGUCAAAAUGGGAAAACUUAAUAGAUACACUCUCUAUUAAAAAGGUCUUUCAUUUAUCCUCUUUAAUUGAA